AUGGUCCUCAAGGCUUCUUCCAUUCACACCAACUUCUUGUCGAGCGGUGAGCAGUACAACACUGCUGACGCUUCGACUUCAGCCGCACCCGGGCAGACGCAGGACGGCACUCAAGUUGCUCCGUCGCGACCCACUCAGUCCCGCAAGAACAGCCUUUGGAGCCGCAAGAGCCGAGAGCAGCCCCGCAGGGAAGUCGAGGUGCCCGAAGGUGCCAAGGAUGACAACAUCAUCCUUGUCGUCUGGGACGGUGUCAAUGAUCCCGAAAACCCCAUGAACUGGUCCAUCGGCCGCAAGUGGCUCACCACUGCUCUUCUCUGCUCCAUGUGCCUCUUCAUUGGUCUUGCCACCGCUGCCUUCUCUACCGGUAUCGGUCCCAUGGCUCAGGAGCUGGGCGUUUCCAACGAAGUCGGCCAGGUCGGUAUGCUCCUGUUCAAUGGAGCAUUCUCCAUCGUCCCCCUCUUCCUCGGCCCUCUCUCGGAAUUUGUCGGUCGCAACCCCAUCUACCUGGGCUGUUAUGCCCUGUUCACUGUCUGGUUCAUCCCUCUUGCUCUCGCCAAGAAUAUCCAGACCGUCUUGGUCGCGCGAUUCCUCAGCGGCGCCUUUGGUGCUGCAGGUACCACUAUCAUCCCCGGUACCCUCGCCGACAUCUGGAAGACCAAGGACCGCGGUUUGCCCGUCGCCCUCUUUUCGCUUGUCGCCGUCGCGGGCACUGUUGGCGCCCCGCUCUACUGUGGUUACAUUCUGCAAGAAAAGGGUUGGCGAUGGAUCCAGUGGGUCCAGCUCAUUGUCAACGGUGCCGUCGUCAUCCUCGAAUUCUUGCUCCUUCGUGAGACUCGCGGAUCGGUCAUUCUCGCUCGCCGCGCCAAGAAGCUGAGGAAGGAGACCGGUGACCAGCGAUACCGAGCCCCUUCUGAGCUUGAGGCCCCUUCGCUCAAGGCAUUGCUGCACGCUUCGACCACUCGAGCUGCGCUUCUGCUCGUAUCGGAGCCCGUGGUCUUCUUCUUCUCGCUCUACAUUGCCUACGCCUGGGCCCUCAUCUUCGCAUUCUUCGCCGCCAUCCCGAUCGUUUUCCAGGAGAUCCACGGCUGGGGCGUCGGCAACGGUGGUCUCGCCUACAUUGGCCCUCUUAUUGCCUGCUUCCUCGCCUUUGGUCUUUCGUUCCACGGCAAGUACCUCUACGACCGCGCCCAGACUCGCAACAACGGCGUCGCUGUUCCCGAAGCGCGUCUUUACUACGCUGCGGUCGGCGGUAUCCUGGCCACGAUCGGCAUGUUCAUCUUUGCCUUCACCUCUUACAAGCACGUUAACUGGAUUGCACCCGAGAUCGCCCUCGUGCCCUUGGUCAUGGGUAUCUACCAGAUCUUUGAGGCCAUCCAGAACUACCUUGCCGAUGCCUACGGGUCUGAAUACGGUGCUUCCGCCAUUUCGGCACAGGGCUUUGUGCGCAACGCGCUUGCAGCAUCGUUCCCGCUUUUCUCGACCCAGAUGUUCCACAACCUUACGGUGCCCUACGCUGGGUUGUUGCUGGCGUGCUUGCUUCUUCUCGCGGUACCUCUGCCGUUCGUUCUGAUCAAGUACGGCGCUCAGAUCCGUGCUCGUUCCAAGUACGCUGCUUCGGACGACACCGAGGAAGGCGGUCCAGUCAUUGGCGCGCGACGCGGCGAUGUCGAGAGCAAGGUCGCCGCGACCGAUUCGAGCAACUCGAUCAACACCACUCGUGCACCCACGCCCACGCAGGGUCUCGAAGACAGUUCGAAGCUUAGUGAGAAGACGGAGAAGAUUGCCACCGCUGAUGCACAGGCCUGA